AAGUAAGUAAAGACCGAGCAAGCUGCAAUAACAAUAAUAUAAACACAAUUUUUUAACUAUCCAUCGUGGUAACUCUGACACGACUCCAAUAUGGCGAACGUGAGAGAUAGUGAUACUUCGUUGUGGCUACAUAAUAAAUUAGGAAUAUCAAAUGAUAGUUGGACUGGCAGUUCUAUUUGUUCUCAGUUAAAUGCCGAGGUUUUACGUAAUAUAAAGGAUUGUUUUGCCGAGUUACAGACCCAAGUUAAGCUCAAAUUACUGCUUUCUUUUUUCCACAUACCAAGACGCAAUGUUGAAGAGUGGAGAAAUGAACUGGAGGAAGUUAUUGAAAUUGCGUCAGUGGACAGCGAUUUGUGGGUGUCAAUGUUAUCCGAAGCGAUGAAGACCCUGCCAGCAACUGGAUCAUUGAACACAGACAUAUCAGACCUGGACGAGCAGCGUCCAAUAUUCAGCGAGUUGGUGAACGACCUGAGGAAGCUGCUGAAGAAGCAAACAGACUUGACAAUGUUGCCUUUGGAAUGUCACUACCUCAACAAAACGGCCUUGAUCUCCGUAGUCGGGCAACAACCAGCGCCGACGAAGCACUUUACGUUGAAAAGGAAGCCCAAGAGCGCUGCGCUAAGAGCGGAGUUGGUCCAGAAGAGCAUCGACGCCGCGAAUAACAUGAAGAAGAGCACCGCGCCGACGGUGCCGGUUCGCAGCCGAGGAAUGCCGAGAAAAAUGACCGACACAACUCCGCUGAAGGGAAUUCCGAGUCGAGUGCCAACGGGAGGGUUCAGAUCUCCAGCUCUGACUCCUUCCUCAAUGUACACCAGGACGCCUAUCAGCAGCAGGAUCAGGAAGGACGGAGGGAUCAAGCUCUUAGAUAUCACAGAGCAGCCUUUGGGCUAUGCACAGGCGAAGAAACGAAAGCGAAUGCUUGAGCUGGAGGAACAGCAGAAGAAAGUCGCAGAAGCUCAAACUGCUGCGGUCGCAGCUGCUACUCCUCCGGCAGAAGCCUCCACCACCCCAGAGUAUGCUCAGGGUCUUGCUCCAAUCAAUCCUCCGGCUACUCCAGCAGCUACUCCUGCUGCUACGCAGUCUUAUGCUCCUCCAACUACUCCAGUAGCUGUUCCAGCUCCAACUACUCCUACUACACCAACCACUCCAAUAAUACCUACAACACCCAGUACCAGCGUGCCUGUACCAGCAGCUCCAACAGUGGUACCAGAGCCAACUCCAGCCAUGGUUCAAACUGUCAGGCCUCCACAAACAAUCACGCAAAUUCGUAUUCAAACCACACCACAGCCUGCUAAUGCGACGGCUAACACCAGAAAAGGAUUAUCACUUACCCGAGAACAAAUGUUGGAAGCACAAGAAAUGUUUAGAACAGCGAACAAAGUUACUAGGCCCGAGAAAGCUCUUAUUCUCGGAUUUAUGGCCGGAGCAAGAACUAAUCCGUGUCCUAAACUCGGUAAUAUUGUCACUGUAAUGCUGUCGGAGAACGUCGAGGAAGUUGUUCAGCCAGAUGGCACAAAGUUGUCGAUGCUCGUCGAAACUCACUUCCAGAUGAAUUAUACGAACGGUGAGUGGAAGCGAAUUAAAAAGAACCGUCGGGUGGUCACUGAAGAAUCUGUGAUUUCUAACGCAGCUACGGCAACUGCGGCAGCUUCUAAUUAAAUUUUUUUUUUUUUUUAUAAUUGUACAUGUAUUCUAAGCCCAGUUGAAGAGGUGUAUAUUUUUCACGGAAAUUAGUUCUGUUUUUAUACUCAAAUUAUUAUGGCCUAAGUGCCUGUCAAUCGUGUUUAUUUUUUGAUUAUUAAUUAAUUAAUUAUUAAUCAACUGCGUUGAU